AUUCUCUACUUUUUCAUUCCUAACUCUGUUGAUCUUUUCCUUUAAACAAAAUUUUAAUCAAAAAACAAACAUGGGGAAGAUCACUGUGUUUGCACUGGACAGUUGUCCGUUUUGUAAGAAAGCAAAGGAGCUAUUGACAAGCAAGGGAGUGAGUUUUGAUGUCAUCUCUCUAACUCAGCAGCCUGAAUGGAGGCCUCUGAUGUAUUUGCUUACCUUAUUUUCUACCCGUAUGGUACUUCAAAUUAAGUUUCAUAUACCAUUGGAUUCCUUGUUAAAAAGCGCUUCUAUCUAUAAUUAUGCUGUAGAGCUGGUAAUCUCCAACCAGCUACAUUUUCCAUAUAAAAGUCCCAGGCAUACUUGUCCACCACAUAAAGCAUAAAUGAAGCCAUAAUUGACCACAUAACUUCCGGGGUCGAACUCAACGCAAAUAGACUUUUACUGGUAGUUGCUUUACUAAUGCUCAAAAGUAAACAACCAUCACAUGUUAUAAGACAGCUAGUGUGCCCAAUAGUAUUAUGAGAUUGUUCUGGUAGAGAGAUCUACAUGGUGGGUGCCGGAGGGGAGAAAGGUCGCGAGGGAGGAGAGGAGAAGCUGUACUGCCAGGUUACCAUAGAGGAUAAAGUUACACUGUUUCUGGACGGCCCUGACAAGUUUCCGACUGGUUUAAAAGACAAUGACGACUAUAAGAAGUUUGGGUAUGGCUACCAUCUGGGAGGAGCGCCAUGGAUUGUCGGCCAGGUCAAAGGUACUGUGGUUGCUAUGGAGACACAGCCUGGCAUUCUAAAAGAGAGUCAGAUAUCCCUCAUCGAGGAACUUUGAGAUAAAAUUCAGAGUGAUUUUAGCAAUUAACUGCAUGACAAGCAGUUAAGACAAGAAUAAUUAUAGUUUAUAUGUAGCUUAGUACAUUUUUAUUACAAUUUUUGUGAAUGCAAAAGCAGAUCAAUUAAAAACAAC